AAGAGGAAGAGGAUGAUUAGUGUUUUCAUCUUUAUCUCUUUUCAUUUUUAAAGUACGAUUGUAUACUUGUAAACGUGUGUUGGUUGUUCAGGUGCCAUGGAUAUACAAUAUUAUUUCUUUUAGUAAUCGCGUGUUUUUAAGAGAAGUUGUUUUCUCUUAGGAUUUGAUGUUAUUUUGAAUUGUUUUGAUUAGUUCUGAAAGCUUUUAAAUAUCUGUGGAGUUGUAGAUCAGAUAUCCCUUCAUUGUGGAGUUCUGCGAUCAAGGUCCUACAUGGUGUAUACAACUAGACAAUCUCUUCGAAAAGUAAAUGAUGAACAGAAGACUGGAAUUCGGAAAACUGAACAUGAUCUUCAAGUUGCAGAGGAAGAAAUGGUGAAGGAGAAGUUUGGGAUUUCUUCGAUAUUUGAAGAUUUGACUGAGGUCCAUGGAGGAUGGCUUCCACAUACAUUUGGAGUUCAUGUAGACUAUUUUCAGACGUACAUUGUGACUUACUGGAAUGAGCUUGUAAGACCAACCUUCAAUCUGGGAAUUGAAAAGGCCUUAAAAAUGAAAGCUCAUGGUAAGGGUUGGGCUGGGAUCAUCGUUGAAAGAAUUAGAACAAACUGGAUCCCAAGGUUGAAGAAACAGUCUUUGGAAUUUAAAGCCUAUCUUGAACCAAACAUUUGAUUAGUCACUACAAAAACUGCUGAUGUAUAUCGUUCAUCAAAGAGUUCUAUAUGACCACUUGUUUUCAAGGCAUAAAAUAUGGCAGAUCCUUACAUUUAGGAAGCUAAGAAAUAUACCAAGCCAUACAUUGAUCGGGUUGCAAUGGGACAAAAACACAUUUAGAUAAAUUACAAGAAAGAAAAUGCCAAUGCAGUUCUCCUUGUUGCAAGCCAGGAGGAUAGGGAAAAACUAUUUGAAGGAAUACUUAAACAGAAAUGGAAGAUCUUCUCUUGAUGAUCAUCUUCAUUAAUUCGUUUAUGGAGCAGCAGAGAUUCGAUGACGUGCAAGGCUUGCUGGGGAAGAUGCAUCUAUCCAAAAAUGUCUGCUUUCAAGUUCUUUUUGCAUUAGAGAUUAAAUAUGUAACAUUACAAUAUAUGUUUGUGAGAUUGAGAAUGUAUUGUAGGCUUUCUACAUUUUAUGACAAAAAAAAAACCUCAAUUUCAGUUUCAAUUUUUCAA